GAGCGCUACGGCCGCGGCACGCCGGGCAGCUGCGGCUGCACGGCCAAGCAACAGCCUGAAAGCUGCUCUGCGCGCGGCAAAGGCAUGUUGGAAACGGGCGGAGGCACAGCGCCUCGCACGAGCCAAGCGCAAAUCGAAGGUACGAGCUAAAUCGCGGCCAAGGACAACUGCCCAGCCCGACCAAAGUGUCGAGGCAAGCAUAGAAGUGAGUGCGACUCUCAAGCAGGCAGAAUCUGUGGCUUUAGCUGCCGCUUCUUGUAAGGAGGCAUGGGACGCGAAGGAGGCAGUCCGGCUUCUCCGACGGGCAGCUGCGCUAAUGGAGUCAACACAGGCUGCGAGGAAGCAGCUGCGGAAGGCUGCAAACGAUGUGCUGCAGGUACUCGACGUGGAGGAUCCCAACACUCGCAGCCUGGUUGGCGAUGCUCUGCGCACGUUUGGCGUGCAAUGA